UGACUUGAAAGAAACUCCGCUUAAAAAAUAAUAUAUAUAUGCCGACCGGAAUUUUAAAGCAAUCUUUGUCCUAAGCAGCACUGAUCUCGCUAGCAACCCGCAAACUCCAUGGAAGGGAGACCCAACGUGACUUUUACUUCCGAGUCAUAAACAAACGGAGUCAGAAACCGAGCGAUCCCAAAUGCUCUAGAUCUGAAAAAAAGAUCCACUGAAAGAAAUAUGGGGGUGGGAAAGAGAAUAUCAUUAAAGGCCAGGCUUUAAAGGAGUCGCGGACCCUUCGGGGCUAUAGCAGUUUCUCGGCCCCCAAAAGCUUAACUAAAGGAGGAUGAAGCCCGAAGCGCUCCCGAAAUAGAAAGUCGCAGGACCAAACUCCGUCAGAGUCCGCUCUGCAGCGCUUUAAUCGGCCAGCUGUGCCCAGACUACUAAUAUAUAUCUCCUAGCCCAAAUCGAAAGAGGGUUUAUUCAGAAUUAAUUUCCACUGUGCUCCAUGGGACUUCGUGGCAAGAAUGCUCGAGGAUGGCAGCCGGAGGAAGAUCCAAAGCUCCUGUCCAAAAGCGAAAACCGGCCCCUGUGGCUCCUUUUGAGGGAUUUCUGCAUUAAGAAUGCGGGCAUCACUUCCUAAUUCAGUGCGGUAGAUUCGCUUUCCAACAAGGGCUGGAGAGGAGGGAAAUCAGCAUCCCGAUCCUCGCAACAUGUCCUCGCAAGUAAGUUUCAGCGAUGCCCGCUCCUAAGUAAGGCAACGACUCGAAGCGCGCCGAGACCUUUUUGUCUGUAUUGAGUUGCAGUUCUCGCAGUUCUGAAAUUGACCAGACUCUCAUUCAAACCGAGGUCGCUGGAAAUAGGACCCGCUGAGCCCAGUCCGUCUGGGUAGGAAUGGCGUGUCUGCGGAUGAUUUUUCAGCUGCAAACCGAUGCGCGCAUUCUUGACAGGACAGCCCCUCUUGAGUUGCUCCUUGAGCUUGUCAGGGCCAGUCGGCACCAUUGCAGCUUUUGCUGGGGAGGAGUUUCUUUCCUGUCCUAAAUUCACAAUCCCUUUAGAGGCACCGGGAAUUUGUCGAGGAGAAAAUUAGAGAGGGAAAGGCCUCUGCUGGACUCUGGGGGGGUGGAGACGGAAUUUGUCUUCCUGGGCCGGGGAGUGGAUCUUUCCGGCUGGAGAAGGGGCUGAAUUGGAACAGAGAAAGAAUUGAGUCUACCCUUCAAGAGAGCGAAAAUAAACAUCCAUCUUCUCUCUAGGGCCGGCCGCCUCCCUCCUCCUGUGAAGAAAGCGGCAGGAUCGGCUUUUGCUGGGGGAUGCUUUCUCCCCUCUGAUUGUCCUAACAGGUGUUCCUUUCCACCUGGAGGCGUAAAAACAAACAACCGCCCCAAACUUUUUAAAGUCUCUUGAGGACAUAAAACUAUGCCGCGGCAAUUCGCGGGCCUUCUUGCCCAGACGGAGUGAACGGAAUUCAAUGGAAAGAUUCAAAAAGCGAGAUGGGACUUAAAACGCCUGGGCGACGCUCUCAGAUGCCCGUUUCGUUAGAAGCAACUCCCAUGAAACUCCCUGGGACUGACUCCCGAGAAAACCAGUUUAGGACUGCAGCUUUAGCUGGAAAGGAGGGAAAUUUUUUGGAUCUUCAAACAGUCUAAGCGUCCCCCCCCCUCCUUUUCUCAGCGAUGUGACAGAGCUAGCUGGGGGAAAUUCAGGGAUUUAAUCCAAAAUUAAAACUUGGUCCUAAAUAUAUGUUUGGAAAGUUAUGUAAUUUGUCUAUCCCCCCCCCACCGCCCGCGUUUGCUACCAAGGAAUAAACUCUCUGCCUCGAUCCUAAACCAACUUCCUAGGCCAAGGUGUUUACUGAGAAAUAAGCCCCAUUGAAUCUAAUGGGACUUAUCCCUAGGUAAGUGGGGUUGCAAUCUUAGAAUCCUGUGACUCCUCAACGGGUAAGACUGCGGGCGUGCUGAGGCGGCGGUGCUAUACCUCGACCUGCGAGUAAAUCCCAUUAAAUCAAUGGGACUGAGGAGACAAAGUCUAGGAUCGCGACGUGAAUACGGGAGUAAGUCUCGCAGGGAUCCGUGGAGCUUACCUCAAAGUAAGUUUUUAUGAGAUAGGGCAGGAGAUUUCAGCAGGUCCUGUUCCAAAGUCAGUCCCAAACCUACCGAUCUUAUUCACAUUUAAAAAGGAGAGCAAGGGAUACUUUAAGCCAGUGGGGUUUACUCCUGAAUAUAUGCAUCCAAGCUGGGCAAGGAGAACAAGGCUGUGAGGGGGGGGAAGCAGGCGAGCCAAAGAUACGAUCCUAUGCAAACUUAACUUUGAAACAAGCCCCAAAGAAGUCGGCGGACCUUACCUCGAGCAGAGGCAUCCACUCAGACUGGAAAGGAGUUCUGGAGAAGACGAAGGCCCGCUGUAGCUUCCACCUGACUGAACCCGGGAGGGGCUUUCUCAUAUUUACUUCACUGUGAAAUCUUCACUGGUCCGUGAGACGCCGAUCUUCCAAGCGUUGCCUCUGGAACCAGUCCGAUGGAUUUGGCUUGGCUUGGCAGACUCAUUCCUUCCGAUGUCACUUCUCUCGAAAGCAGCGAACGGUAUGGGAAUAGUGUCAGUUGCUCUCUUCCUAACUCGCAGACUGAACCCCCCCUGGUUUUUACCUCCCACAACUCUACCCAGAAUAGCUUCAAGGUCCGCUGAAAGCCUUGGGACUUGCUUUUCGCAGUAAGUGCGUCGAGAGGAUAUGGGCUCCGGGAGGACUCUUUUAGGCGGCAGAGCCCUGUACACUAACCUGGAAGUAAGGUUCACUGAACUUAAGUUCCGAACACCCAGCACAGGAUUUCAUUGGUAACUGGUAAACUGCACAUCGUGCAAUGGACAUGCUCGACGUUUCAAGCGAGCUCUUCCUUUUGGGGUUUCUCCGAAAAAAAUCCGUGGACUUUUCCGGUCCAGUGCAACAUAGUUUCCCCACAUUCAGUGUGCUUCGAAUCGGGGAUAGCCAUAUGGAGGGGAAAGGGAACCCCUGGCAUUGAUCACUCUUCAUUGAUCCAAAUUUGGUUCCUGACGGGAAGAGCGCGGAAGUCGAUUCGCGUGUGCCUUUUGAGAGGAGAGCUCCGGAGCUCCUGGGAUCAGCAACUUAAAAGUAGACCCGUGAGACGGAGGCGUCUAGCGUUAGGGAGCUGGAUCGGGUCUAAAGGGGGACCCGCGAUCGCUGGGAGUGCUUCAGAGUCUGCUUUUCUGCUCUGGAAUAUUUCUCAUUGACUUCAAUGGGCCUUACUCGCAACGGCGUCGCUCUGUCGCGAGCCCACUUUGAAAAGCAGCCCCCUUCCAACUUGAGGAAGUCUAAUUUCUUCCACUUCGUCUUGGCACUUUACGACAGACAAGGGCAGCCUGUGGAGAUCGAGCGGACGGCAUUCGUGGACUUCGUGGAAAACGACAAAGAACAAGGCAACGAGAAAACCAAUAAUGGGACCCACUACAAACUGCAGCUUCUUUACAGCAAUGGUGUCAGAACUGAACAAGAUCUCUUUGUUAGACUCAUUGACUCAGUCACAAAACAGCCUAUCACCUAUGAAGGACAGAACAAGAAUCCAGAAAUGUGCAGAGUUCUGCUCACCCAUGAAGUUAUGUGCAGUCGUUGCUGUGAAAAGAAAAGCUGUGGGAACCGCAAUGAGACUCCCUCAGACCCUGUGAUCAUCGACAGAUUCUUCUUAAAAUUUUUCCUCAAGUGCAAUCAGAAUUGUUUGAAAACAGCCGGGAACCCUCGAGAUAUGCGACGGUUCCAGGUUGUGUUAUCAACAACGGUGAAUGUCGAUGGGCACGUACUGGCAGUAUCCGACAACAUGUUUGUUCAUAAUAACUCAAAACACGGACGGAGGGCGAGGAGGCUUGAUCCGUCUGAAGCCACUCCCUGCAUCAAAGCAAUUAGUCCAAGUGAAGGCUGGACCACAGGUGGAGCAAUGGUGAUCAUUAUAGGAGACAACUUCUUUGAUGGGCUGCAGGUCGUAUUUGGGACCAUGCUUGUAUGGAGUGAGCUGAUCACACCUCAUGCCAUCCGUGUCCAGACACCCCCUCGUCACAUCCCUGGUGUGGUUGAAGUAACAUUAUCAUAUAAAUCCAAGCAAUUUUGCAAAGGAGCCCCUGGUAGAUUUAUUUAUACAGCUUUAAAUGAGCCUACCAUAGACUAUGGUUUCCAAAGACUCCAGAAAGUUAUCCCAAGACAUCCUGGUGACCCAGAGCGAUUAGCCAAGGAGAUGCUAUUGAAAAGGGCAGCUGAUCUAGUUGAAGCACUGUAUGGAACACCACACAAUAAUCAGGACAUUAUUCUGAAGCGAGCUGCGGAUAUUGCAGAAGCUCUCUACAGCGUCCCCAGGAACCCUGGUCAGAUCCCUGCUUUGUCAAGCUCUCCAGCUCAUAGUAGCAUGAUGGGCAUCAACUCCUACGGCAGCCAAUUAGGAGUCAGCAUCUCAGAGUCAACACAAGGGAAUAAUCAAGGUUACAUCCGCAACACAAGCAGCAUCUCCCCCCGAGGUUACUCUUCCAGCUCAACCCCUCAGCAGUCUAAUUACAGCACCUCCAGUAACAGCAUGAAUGGCUACAGCAACGUCCCUAUGUCUAACCUGGGUGUUCCUGGCUCUCCUGGAUUCAUUAACGGCUCUCCCACAGGAUCUCCCUAUGGCUUGAUGUCUUCAAGUCCAACAGUCGGCUCCUCAAGCACUUCCUCCAUCCUCCCAUUCUCCUCCUCUGUCUUUCCUGCUGUCAAACAAAAGAGUGCCUUUGCUCCCGUCAUCCGACCCCAAGGGUCCCCUUCCCCAGCUUGCUCCACUGGCAAUGGAAAUGGGUUCAGAGCCAUGACUGGUCUUGUCGUCCCUCCAAUGUAAAAGAAGAGGAGGAAUUGCUGGAAUCCCCCACCCAUUUUUUUCUUUUUUUACAACACAAAACUACUUAUUGUUAUGGAGCACUAAAAGGGGGGGGAGUACUGCAAGCUCUAUUGUUGUGGGAAGCCAUGUGCAGAAAGCAAGAGAACAUUUUUUUUAAUGGAUCAGACAUGCUAGGAGGCUGCUCUCAUCUGUUCCAGGUUUCAUAUACACUUACAUCAAAAAACCCCAAGAACAUUAAAAGGAGGAAUUGGCCAUGAUCCAGAUGUACACUGUUUAUGGGACUGAGUCCGGAGUACAAGGGUUUUCUUUUUCCUUAUGGACACAAAACCUUCCUAAUGUUUGUAAAAUAUUAAAAGGAGGAACAAAUUGGCCAACCAUUCGAGCUUGAUAUUUUGGAUACUCUUUGUUUUACUUUGUAGGGAAAAAAAGUUGAAGUUUCUAUUUUCUAUGGAGCCUUUCAGAUACCAAUUUAGUUUAUGCAGAAAAAUAAUAAUAAUAAUGAUCACAAAACAGGGUACCAGCAUGGAAGACUUUCUUAUAAAACUGAUAUGAAUGGCGGAACGUGGAUGUAUGUGUGUAUUUGCUUAUAGUUUAAUCUCUUUUAAAAAUGGGAAAAAAUGUAAGAUGUUUUACAAUUAUUUAAAUAAAUAAACUUGUAAGUUAUUGUAUGUAGAGGUAGAAAUUGAAGACUUUGGUGGGGAGGGGGGACUUUUUCUGUCGUACAAUGAAUAACGACAAAAAGAUGCAAAAAAAAUGCAGCGAUGAGCUCAUGGCGUAUCUUAACGGUACAAUCUGUCUUCGCUUCUCUUCUGCUCCUUAUUGAACCAUGUACAAGAAUGUCUUAAAUUCUUCACGAAGGACUCAUCCACAAGCUUUUAUACACAUAAUGGUAUAUAUACAUAUAUAUAAAUAUAGGACAGUAGUUAAUGUAUGAAUAUUAUACACUUUUUCAUCUUUUGAUUCAAUUAAGGUUUCAGGUACUGACGUAAACUGUCUAGCUUCAUACAUCCUAAUCAGUAACUGUGUGGCAUGUAUGGCCUUUUUAAUCAGGUUUUCGUGUGGAACUGUCAUUACUUUUCAGGUUGCAAUUUGAGCAAGAAGGAACAGAAAAGGUUUCUCCAGUUGGUUGCUUUUCAUGUAGCAAAGACAAAAUUCUCUAUGUUACAAAGACCAUUGACACUCAUGUAUGAAUGUUAACGAUCCCAGAUGGAUUUUGCCAAAAUUCUGACUUGGAUGUAAGUCAACAUUCAUCAGCGUGUUCUCUUAAGUUUUCGGAGCUUUGUGAAAUUUGUUCAGAAUUGUCAGUGUUCGUAUGUGAGCACUGACAGAUUUCAUCAAAUUUGAGAUAUUAGAUGUAACAUAUACAUGAUAAGAAACCUGUAGAUUCUUAAUACAAUGCAGGACUGACAAUUCAGCAAAGAUCCAGAAUUUGAAUGUAGAUUUGGCUCCAUGGCAGACCACUGGUUUCCAUGGGUUUGUACGAAGCUCUCCUUCCCUUACAAAAAAAAAAGUGAUCCAUUCAUUUGGAUGGAGGGACAGGUUUUGCACAUGGAAACAAACAGCACAGGUGUAAUGGGCUCCUCCAUUGAAAUGAAUGGGGAAGCAUGGCAGCACAAGAAAUUCAUGUGUGCAUGCUUCUAAACUUACAUGGAUCCUUGAUUCAGGGCUAUUUCUAUCUCUAGAAAUUCAUAAGGAAUGUCAUGAAUAUGCUGAUCCGUGCCUCUCCUGUCAAUGUGCCGAUUGCGGGUAAGAGUUGUUCAGAUGAAUUGGUAGCUUCUCUAGGACCUUCUAAACCCCCUUCUGCUUCUGUCAUUGUAAUCAUCUCUACUGGAGUCCCGUAUGUUGAUAAUAUGCCUAUAAAAUCUAUUGAUCACUUAUUGGCUUUUUACAAUAUACUAUUUAUAUAUGUACCUGUAUUUUAAGGUGAAACCCAAACUUCUGUGCACCCAAUGAGGGUAACUGUGUUUUUC